GUGGUAUAUGCCCUUCAAUGUCCUCCUAACAUUUAUCAUUGGCUCAGCACUAGGUUGGAUACUGGUGAAAAUAACCAGAGCUCCUCAACAUCUGAAGGGCCUGGUAUUGGGGUCAUGUGCAGCAGGUAGGUAUAUAUAUAAUCUCAGAUAUGCCAGAGUGUUGGUGUAG